AAAAACAUAUCCUAUCCUAUAUAAAUUGAUCAGCCAAGCAAGUUGUAUUCAGAAGUUGCAAAUAACUUCACAGAAACCAAUAAUUAAUAUAUACAGUAGUUAGUUAUCAUCUAAAGAAUCAACUCUUCAAAUGGCAAAUAUGCAAAUUGUUCCAGCUUCCAAGAAUAAUGUAGAGGCACAGUAUGUGGAGAUGAUGGUCCCUCUCUAUUCUUAUGGCUGUGAGAGGAAAGUAAAGAAGACCCUUUCCCAUCUCAAAGGAAUUUAUUCUGUAAAUGUAGAUUACUACCAGCAGAAGGUGACAGUUUGGGGAAUAUGCAACAAAUAUGAUGUGCUAUAUACAAUGAAAAGCAAGAGAAAAGAAGCUCGUUUUUGGAGUCCAGAAGAAGACAAUAUUCAAUUAUUGGAACAAUCACAGCCAUCUGCCCCUUCUAAGCCUUCUUUUGCCCUAAUGAAGGCUCGAUCUCUAAGCUUGAAGGCGUGGAGAAAGGUCUUCACUAGAUCACUUUCCUUCUAAUACUUCUCCAAAUGAAUUAAUUAAUUCAAUUCCAAUGUUAUUGCUAAUAUUAGUUUCUGUAAAAAAAAUUAAUGUUAAUUAAUCGAAUAUAACUUUUUAAUAUAAUUUUUAGGAAUAAUGCUCAA